AUGGUGAGAGGAAGCCGCAGCCGGACAGCAGCUCCAGCCAGCCAACCCGCCUACGCUCCUGCCCCUGCACCUCCUCCAGCCGCCCUGGCCCCAGCUGCCCCCCGUCCCAGGACCUGGGAUCAUGCUCAGAUUGCAACUACAGCGGCGGGGGUGGCGGUUGGCUCUGCUGUGGGUCACGUAGUCGGCAGCGCCCUCACCGGAGCAUUCAGUGGGGGAGCAGCGCAGCAAGCAGCUCGGAGCCAGCCAAGCUGCUUACCAGCCCCCCCGCCCCCCCAGGCCCAGCAAGGCCCCUGUCACUUUGAGGUCAAACAGUUCCUAGACUGUGCCACCAACCAAAACGAGCUGAGUUUUUGCGAGGGCUUCAGUGAGGCGCUCAAACAGUGCAAGCACUCACACGGUGUGGCAUCUCUGGUCUGAAGGUUUGAAGGGCAUACAUCAGGACACACAUGCUGUUAUUAAUAAUGAUAACACUUUUAUUUAAACUGCAAACAUGAUGUAGAAAGUAGAUGUGAGAACACUGUACCUCAGGCUGUGAUUGGUCCAUUCUGUUUGAUGGAUGACUGUGACAUGUAUAAAAUGUUUUUGCUAAUGUACAGUGAUGAUGAACCUUUAAUAAAAAGUCAAUAUGCA